AAAAGACCUGAGCUCGAGCUACACCAUCGCCAGAGGAAGUUCAUCGCCCACGACAGGAACGGACAGCACCUGUCCUCUUCUCUGUACUUGCCGUUAGGUCCGGCGCGAUACCGAUUUCCUGACCCGAAACACCGAUAAAUUCGUCGGCGAGAUAAAUCGGAAGAAAAAAUACACCAUGAGCAAAAAUUCAAUCGCAAUGGGUCUUCCGACGAUCCUGAUGGUUUUGACUUACGUCGCCUUCGUAAGCUGCCGCGUUGUCUCGGACACAAAACCCCAACUGAAACUAGUCAAUAUCAUUUUCAGACACGGAGAUCGUGCCCCUGACGCCGCUGAAUUAUACCCCAAAGAUCCACACAGGAAUUUCACUUACUAUCCAAUGGGAAUCGGAGGUUUGACGAAUGCUGGAAAAAUGCGGGAAUACCGUCUCGGCCAAAUGUUUAGAGAACGUUACGGUGAUUUCCUUGGCCCGAUUUAUGAGCCAUUGACCCUUGAAGCCCGCAGCACGGACUACGACAGGACGAAAAUGUCGCUCCAGUUGGUCCUGGCCGGUCUCCUACCGCCGUCACCUGUUCAGCAAUGGAACGAAGAACUCGGCUGGCAACCGAUCCCAACCAUCUACAAGGCUUCCCACGCCGAUAAUCUGAUGAUUCCCGAACAAUGUCCGAAAUACUUGGCUGAGCUGGCCCGCGUCAGAAGCAGUCCGGAGGUCCAAAGUGUCAUGGAAAGCCAUGCCGCUCUAAUGGAAUUCCUCGAAGAGCGUACCGGAAAGCCCAUGAAGACCGCUACCGACCCUUUCGAUUUGUAUCACACUUUCGUUGCCGAGCAAGCGAUGAAUCUGAGCAUUCCGGAAUGGGCGGAAGGAAUGUAUCCAGACGGUGAACUUUCGGAUCUCGCUAAUUUCGAGUAUAAGAUAAUGUCGUACAACGAAAAAUUGAGGAGAUUGAACGGAGGUAUGAUGGUGCGCAAAUUAUCCGAAGAUAUGAUCGCCUUUCAAAAUGGAACGCUUCCACCCGGCAGAAAAAUGUAUCUCUACAGCGGUCACGAAAUGAACGUGGCUUCUCUACUGAACGCCCUCGGAGUCUACACACCCCACAUACCCUCUUAUUCCAGCAGCGUAAUCGUCGAACUUUGGCAGCAGAGAAACGACUUCUUCGUCAAAGUGCUGUAUCAUACCGGGAUCCCGUCUGUGACCACCGUUAAGACUAUACCUGGAUGCGAAGAACUGUGUCCCUUCAGUACUUUCCUGGAGUUGAUGAAACCCGUGACUCCGUCCGACACCGACAUUAUCUGUGUAAAAAAAGACACGACACCACCUCAAGGAGUCUUGAGUCUAAGUCAGUUGGAACCAGUAACGUAACCACGAUAGCAAUAUUCGCGGUUUAGUUGAAAAUGCAUCGGGGCUCAUCUGACUAUAUAAACAGUAUAGAUGGAAAUACAGGAAGAGAUAUCGCGGGCCGAUAUUGAGUUUUUAUCUCCUCAAUUUUACAUCGGGAUUGUCACACAUAUCCCCAUGGUAAAGCAAUCUUGGAUACAAAUAAGAGGGCUGUGCCCUUUUGAACAAUAAACGCUAGAUUUUUAAGUAGACCAGACAUUUUCUGAACCACUCUUCUCAGCAUUUAUUAUCGGACGUGAUGUAAUUAACAAUUACUUUCGCGUCUUUCAAAUCAAACAUGCUCAAGUGUACCACACGCUCAAUAUGUAACGCAGUGCACUCACUGCGCUGAUUCAGUGGUGGAUAUUUUUGGUCUUUCAGUUACAUCCCAAGUCCGUUCAGUAUUCACCCACUUUUUUGUACAGAUACAUUAUUUUACCUUGUUAUUUAUAAGGAACGUUUUUCGUUCAUUUCUUUCCGCUCCGCUCAUCUGUACGACACUGUGUAUGUCGUCGAUGUACCGACAAUACAUAUCUUUCUACCCA